CUAUUAGUUGGUAUUUUUUUAAUUUUUAUUCAAUAACAAAUCAAAAACAAUUAUUAUUAAUAAUAUAAUUAUUUUCUAAAACAUCGAUUAGCUUGGCGGACCGGCCCCACAGGUUGGGGACCCCUGGUCUGUAGAGGUCUACAACAACACCAUAGGGCAUAGAUUAAAAACAGUAAACACCGGUGCAGUGGUGGUGCUCUACCGUUCUGCUCUCUGCAGUCUACUUACUGUCGCUAAUUUGUCUGUUAUUGUUGAUUUCGUUCUUUUUUUUUUUUUUUUUUUGUCUCCCAAUUGAUCAACUCGUCGCAAUAGGUAACCACCGCCGACUACCCAGGGGAUAGGUCUAGUUUAAAAUUUGUGUUACCCGAGCUAGUGUGAUUGCGACAAUGGGCUGUGUUUACAGCAGCAGAAAAACUCUGCCACCUUUUUUCUUCAAAGUCAUAAACAUAGACGACAAUGGCAAAGAAAAAUACCACGGCCAAAUGGAAAUCGCCACUAGCAACCUGAUACUGCAUAAAAGCGGAGAACCAUCGAUUAUAUGGCCGUUGAGCACGAUUCGCCGCUAUGGAUAUGAAGAUUUCAUGUUUUGCUUUGAAGCCGGCCGUGCGUCUCCUUUCGGCCAAGGCAUAUUUGCGUUCAGAAGUAAAGACGCUAAAAAUAUUUUUAAUGCAGUCAAGGAAAAAUUACAGAUUGAAAGUGGAACAGAUCCAGUCAAUGAUCUCGCUUCUGAAGUACGUAAUUAUUCUGGCCAGUCGUAUACAAGUACACAUACAAUUGAAAAAGUUUACGAUGAAUUCAAUUUCAACGGAAUAAGGUUUAGUAGCGAGUCAAACAACAACUUCCAACCUCCAGAUCUCAUGCUGGAUCCAGAUACUGCAUUUUUACCAAGGAGUUCAUAUGUAAACAUGUUGAACGACAACGAAGAGGACGAUGAUUUGUUCAAUGAUCCAUUUGAGUUACCUAAAGAUACUCCCACUUAUACUGAAGUGGAAAUAGCUGCUUGCACACCUAAAAGGAAGAGUGAAUCAUUGCCCACUUCCCCUACAGAGAUCCCAAGUUAUACAGCAAUAGAUUUCAAUCAAACGAUGCAUUUAAGUCAGAAAAUGCUUAGGGGAAGCGAUGAUGCUGGGGUAAGGAAAACUAGACAUGAUUCUACAAUGAGCAAUCCUUAAUAUUAUCAAACCACUAUUCGGAAACCAAUUAUAAAUAUAUCCAACUAGAUCUGUAUAUUCCACCAGAAUAUUUAUGAUGAUCUUUGACUGCUCGUUAUUUAUCUAUAUAAAUUAUUUCUUGUUUCGACUUUUGAUUUUGCUUCCUGCAUUUAUUGCAUUUAUAUUAUUCGGUGCUUUUUUUUUUUUUUUUAGUGAGACUUUGUUAGAUCAAAAUUAGUAAUUAGUUGUGUUAGAGUAAAUAGAGGUAAUAAAUAUUAAAAUGUUACAUUUUAUAUUUUAAAAUCGUAAGGAAUAUUAAUAAUUUCUAAAAACAUUAUUAACUGUUAAUUUAAAAGUACACUUAUUUAAUAUAUGUGCCAAAGCUGAUGCGAUGUGUUUUUCACAACACAGAUCCUUUUUAAGAUAAUAAUAUUUAAAUAUUUUAUCAAACACUGGGGAUAAAUAAUUACUGUUAUAUUGUUAGUUGUUACUAUAGUUUUUCUAUGAUCUAUUAAUUGUAACCAGUUUUGCCAAAUAAUUUUUACAAAUUAAAUAUUAGGUAAAACGGAUACACAAAUUUCAACAUUAUUAUUUAUUUUACGCAAUCAUUUCGUGCCAUAUACAUUCCUCAAGGUUGUUCAGACUGAAUAAUUUUCUUUGUUAAAACAUUGUUUAUGAUUUGUAUUUUUACCAAUACAAAUAACAAAACAAUAAAAUAAAAAAUGUAUAUUUUAUAUCAAAUAAAAAACAAUUUGAUAAUAGUUCAAAUAACAAUUUAUAUAAAAUAUAGUUUUUUACAAUACUCAGUUAAUACCAAAGAAUUAAUGUUAAUUACACGACAUAAUUAAGAAAUUUAUUGUCCAAUAAAAAAGAAACUGUUGUUAAAAAAAACUAGUUUGGUUGAUUAGUCAUUUUUCAUGAUUAAAUACCAUAGAUAGUAUAUUGUUAGUUGUUACUGAUUAUUAUAGGUUUAUUUGUAAGAGAUGA